AUGACAGGCAGCUCACCGAAAGUUAGUGAGAUCCGGGGCGCGCAGCGUGCGGAAGGCUGCGCAGCCAUGUUGGCUAUUGGAACAGCAAAUCCUGCGAACCAGGUGUCCCAAGAAGAGUACCCUUACUACUAUUUCCGUGUCACAAAGAGCGAGCACCUUACUGACCAUAAAGACACAUUCAAGAUAAUAUGUGGUCUCACGGGCACGGAGAACCGUUUCUUCUACCACACGGAUGAACUGCUCAACUCCCACCCUGUCUUGCUGGACCACACAUCGCCGUCCCGCGAAGCUCGGCAUGAUAUCGUCGCCAAGGCUGCUCCAGGGCUUGCGGCAUCAGCAGCAAAGAAGGCCAUCGCAAAGUGGGGCCGUCCGGCCACUGACAUCACCCACCUUAUUGCCAGCACCAACUCUGACGCCGGCGCCCCAAGUGCGGAUGUAUGCUUGGUUUCACUCCUUGGCCUUCGCGCCAACGUGUGCCGUACGAUGCUCCAUCUUAAUGGCUGCUUCGCUGGCUGCUCCGCCUUGCGUCUAGCCAAGGACCUUGCUGAGAACAACCGUGGGGCACGCGUCCUCGUGGUUUGCGUGGAGCUCGCCAUUUCUGGCUUCUGCAGCACCGGCGAAGGGAACUGCUUAGACACCCUCAUUACUCAUGCGUUGUUUGGUGAUGGGGCAGGCGCGGUUAUCGUCGGCGCCGAUCCCAUACACCCGGUUGAGAAUCCUCUGUUUGAGAUGGUGUCCGUCUCUCAGACCUUCGUGCCGAGCACCGAGCAUGUGCUCACCCUGAACUUGGGGAGCCACGGCACUCAUGGCAAAGUUUACACCAAACUGCCCACACUGGUAGCAGACACCAUGGAACCUUGUCUUUCAGAAGCAUUUGGUCGACUUGAGAUGGACUUCAAAUGGAAUGACCUGUUCUGGGCUGUGCACCCGGGCAGCCGUGGGAUCUUGGACCAGCUUGACAAGACCCUCCAGUUGGAUCCCACGAAGCUAGCGGCGAGCCGAACUGUCGUACAAAAGUUUGGGAACAUGUUUAGUGCCACCGUGAUCUUCGUGCUUGACAAGCUGCGCCGGCGAAUGGAGGAGGAAGGAGAGCGAGCAGAGUGGGGGGCAAUGGUAGCAUUUGGACCAGGUUUCACUAUCGAGACCAUGGUGCUCCACGCAACUAGUGCUCUGAAGGAAAAUUAG